AUGAAUCUGCUGCUUCCAAUCAUUCUCAUUCUACCUGUAAUAGUAAGCUCUCAAUUAGCAUGUCCACCUAAUUACACAUUGGUCAUUGACAAGUGUCUAAUGAUUAUCAAGACGCCUCUGACACAUUCUCAAGCUGAAAUCGAUUGUACUUAUAACGGAGGAACUCUGGCGAACAUUGAUAGUGCUAUUAUCAACCGUGCUGUGACCCAAUUCGCCUCUAACGCCGGUAUCAACAAAACUUGGAUUGGUUUAUUCUGUUUCGAAAACCGCAAUACAUCCAUGUGCUACUAUGAUGACGCCUCUGGAACCCUCAUGGACUACAACAGUUUUGCUAGUGGAUAUCCAAUGGUAGAUGGGAUUUAUGGAGGAUGUGUCUACAUGCCUACAACAGGGUCAUUGACUGGAAAGUGGGUCAGCGUGAAGUGUGAAGCAGAAAGUAUUCCGGCGAUAUGUCAAAUGCCAGUUACCAGUUAUGACCCAACAUGUGUCCACAACUUUAAUGGUUACUGUUACACUCUCUCUUCUCAAUUUUCAAACUUAUCUGCAAACUUUGCGGAUGCCCGUAAGAUCUGUCAGGACAACAACUCGGAUCUUGUCACAAUUCACUCCAAACGUGAAGUGGACUACAUCAAAAGUUUGUAUCGUGGUACCAUUGACCCCGUGGAUAUAUUGAUUGGAGCUCAACAAACCCUUCCAAACAUUUACACUUGGGUUGAUGGUUUCCCCUGGGAGAAAUUUGACUACCGGGAUCCAAUGGAUCGAGGGGCACAAGAUAUCGAUUGCUUGACUAUGAAUUCUGUAACGGGGUUAUGGACCAGAGCCGUCUGUGACCGUCCACUCUUGUUUGUUUGUAAGAGAUAUAUCACUGGGAAUCCAUCUCAAGCAGAAGUUGCUCCCACUGAGAACCCAUCCGACUUCUCCAAUUGCAACACCACUUUUCUCAUGACUCCUGGAACAAUCACUUCCUAUGGAUAUCUCAGCACAUCACCUCCCGAAGUAAACUGUACUUGGCGGAUCGUGACACUCGGACCUUAUCGUGUCAGACUGUUUUUCACUGAUGUUGACACUUAUAACACUAUCUACGUGUAUAAUGAGUACGGAAUUCAGAUUGAGGCAGUUAGAUAUAGUAGAUCUGUAAUUUCACGUUCUAACAUUGUCACUGUCAGUUUGCAAGGGAGUGGGGAAUCCGGGUACAGAGGUUUCCGGGCGGUUGCAUUGACAUAUUGA